CACGCGGGAAGGGCCCGGCCCGGGCCUGGCCGGUCCUGCCGGGGAGCCGGAGCCUGAAGGGCCCCCUGAGCCUCCUUUUCUCCAGGCUGAGCCCCCCCUGCUCCCUCAGCCGCUCCUGGGCUCCACCCCUUCCCAGCUCCGUCCCCUUCCUGGACAGCUCAAUGUCCGUCUUGCAGUGAGGGGCCCAAACCGGGCCCGGGCGUGAGUGCGGGGCCACGCGAACAACCAUUGCCCACUCUGGCUCAUGUUCAGCUGCUGUCGACCAGCCCCUCUGGAUCCCUUUCCACUGGGAAAAUAUGAGAAUUUUGGCCUUUUUUCUGUACUUUUCUCUCAUUCUGGAAAUGGGAGCAUUUUCCCUUUCCCAGCCCUGUGUUUCCUCUGAGAGACACGACCCCUGGGCCCACCCACAGCCUGCCAGUUCACCGGGUUCCUCUUCCUGCACCACAACAAGAGGCUUCCGAGCAAGGCCAGGCAAACAGCUGCUGAUAACACAACUUCCAGGUUGCUCUUGCCAAGGCCGGGCGCCGGGGCCGCUGAACGCCGGGCUCAGACGAGCGCCCCGUGUUUGUCUGUGAACCCUGGCAGCGACACCCGCCCGAUGGGGCCUUGGUGCCAUGGUACAGCCUGGGGUAAUGACUCUGUUUAUCCUGUUUGGGUAAUCCUGAUAAGGCCACACAACCCCUCCCCGCCGAUUCAUUGAGAAAAACGGCCGUUGACCGCGCCUGGCCCGGCCAAUCAGCCCAGCAACAACGGGGUUGGUCGGCUGGAUUUAAUGAGGGCUGCUUAAUCAGGGCGGUCAAGGCUGCCGAGGGGUGUUCACUGUGACCCGGCCUUAUAAGAGCUGGCUGGAGCAGCCAGGGGCUGGCAGAGCCAGCAGGACGGGGACAAUCCAGCCCGUGAUAUUCUGGAAGGGAUUUUGCGUCUCUCUCGACGAGGAGCUGGCGGAGCCAUGAGCGCCGGCGUGGACGCAGGCUGCGAGAGGUGCCGGUGCCACGGCCAGGAGAGGCAGCCCGCCAUCCUGUACACCCUGCUGAGCCAGGAGCUGCGGCCCCGGCAGCGCUGCCCGUGCCGGCAGCGCCGCGCCGUCUGCCUGCGCACGCCGCAGCUCACCUGCCGCGCCGCCUCCCACGUGCUGCUCAAAACCAUCCGCUUCGUCAAGAACGUCGCUGCCUUCCGCCUGCUGCCGCGCGAGGACCAGCUGCUCCUGCUGGACAGCGGCUGGGUGCCGCUCUUCCUGCUGGGGCUGGUGCAGGAGAUGGUGACCUUCGAGGUGAUGGAGGCGCCGGCGCCCAGCAUGCUCAAGAAGAUCCUGCUCAGCGGCCAGAGCAAGGGGCAGGAGCCCGAGGGGACACAGCCCACGCUGGCGGCCGUGCAGCGGCUGCAGGGCUGCCUCGACAGCUUCUGGAGGCUGGACCUGAGCCCCAGCGAGUUCACCUACCUGAGGGGAGCCAUUCUCUUCAAUCCAGACGUGCCGGGGCUGAGGGCUGCCCUGUACAUCGAGAGCCUGCAGUGGGAGGCGCAGAGGGCGCUGCAGGAGCUGCCGCACCCCGAGCAGCAGGCGCGCUUCUCGCACAUCCUGCGGCUCGCCGCCUCGCUGGGCUCCAUCCCCCCCGCCCUGGUCACGGCGCUCUUCUUCCGACCCGUCAUUGGGGACGCGGCCAUGGGCGAGCUGCUGGCCGAGAUGCUGUUCGAGGUGUCGGGCUGGCCGCGGGCGCCCUGGCUGCCCCUGCCCCGCUGAGCAGGGACAGGAACGCUCCGGACCUGCGGGAGCCCUGCGGGCUCUCCGUGUGCCCAGGCUGGAGGAUCCCUACAGGAGCCCUAUGUGCCCAGGCUGAGGGAGCCCUGUGGUAUCUCCGUGUGCCCAGGCUGAGGGAGCCCUGCAGGAUCUCCAUGUGCCCAGGCUGGAGGAUCCCUACAGGAGCCCUAUGUGUCCAGGCUGAGGGAGCCCUGCAGGAUCUCCGUGUGCCCAGGCUGUGGGAGCCCUGCAGGAUCUCCGUGUGCCCAGGCUGCAGGAUCCCUACAGGAUCUCCGUGUGCCCGGGCUGUGGAAGCCCUGUGGUAUCUCCGUGUGCCCAGGCUGAGGGAGCCCUGCAGGAUCUCCGUGUGCCCAGGCUGAGGGAGCCCUGCAGGAUCUCCGUGUGCCCAGGCUGUGGGAGCCCUGCAGGAUCUCCGUGUGCCCAGGCUGUGGGAGCCCUGCAGGAUCUCCGUGUGCCCAGGCUGAGGGAGCCCUGCAGGAUCUCCGUGUGCCCAGGCUGUUGAAGCCCUGCAGGAUCUCCGUGUGCCCAGGCUGGAGGAGCCCUGCAGGAUCUCCGUGUGCCCAGGCUGGAGGAGCCCUGCAGGAUCUCCGUGUGCCCAGGCUGUUGAAGCCCUGCAGGAUCUCCGUGUGCCCAGGCUGUGGGAGCCCUGCAGGAUCUCCGUGUGCCCAGGCUGUUGAAGCCCUGCAGGAUCUCCGUGUGCCCAGGCUGAGGGAGCCCUGCAGGAUCUCCGUGUGCCCAGGCUGUGGGAGCCCUGCAGGGGCAGCUGUGGCUCAGCAGGCUCACAGCAGCUCCUGCCCUGCCUGGGCUGCUCUCCAGCCCCGGGAGUGUGAGCGGGCAAAGGGUUUCCUGCUCUGCUCAUUUUGCUGUGAGCUCCAAGCAGUGAGGGUUGUGCUCAGCUUGAUGCCUUAGUGGGAUCACUGACCGAGGGAUCAUUGUGGAAUUAAUUAGCUCUGGGUCUGGCUUCUGUACCUGGACUCUUAGAAAUGAUCAGGACAUUUCUUUGGGGAAAAAGCCAGAGUGUUAAAUCCUACAGGGUGGACAGACUCACCCCUCUUUUCCUUAGAUUCUCUCUUUCCUCCAUAAUUCCAUGAAAUACAACAGGAUUGAGAGCACUUAGCAGCACCUAAACCGAGUGCACCUCAUGUGGGGCUCUGGGCUUUCCUGUCUGUGUGAAACGUUAAAUGCGAGCAGAGCUGGUUUAGUGGGAGAUCCAAACCUCCCUGGAGACAGAGCCAGGUGCACACCUGGAAAACUCGCUCCUCCUGCCUCCAACAGGUGAGGUGUCAGUGUUUUAUAAAUGUACAUUCGUGUGGUUUGUAUAUAAGAUGUA